AUGGUGGUGCGAGAAUACGACGCAAAAAGAGAUUGCAGAGCAGUGGAAGAAGUCGAGAAAAGGUGCGAUGUGAGAGCCACCGGAAAACUCUCUCUCCACACAGACCUUUUAGGCGACCCCGUUUGUCGGGUCCGCCACUCCCCGACUUCUCUCAUGCUCGUGGCUGAGCUGGUUAAGGAUAAGUAUGAAAGAGAGAUAAUUGGGAUGGUCAGAGGUUGCAUCAAAACCGUCAACUGCGGAAGCAAUGUCUCUAGAAAUGGGAAAAACUGUCCCAAUCUCCCUCUCCCUCACUACACUAAACUUGCCUACAUUUUAGGCCUCCGUGUUUCUCCUUCUCAUCGGAGGAUGGGUGUUGGGCUCAAAUUAGUGCAAGAAAUGGAAGGAUGGUUCAUAGAAAACGGCGCCGAAUACUCGUACAUGGCGACCGUAAACGACAACGUUCCAUCCCUCAAUCUCUUCACCGGCAAAUGCGGCUACACCAAAUUCCGCACCCCUUCGAUCCUCGUCCAGCCCGUGUACGCCCACCGAGUCCGCGUCACAAACAAAGCCACCAUCACCAAGCUCAGCCCCACCGCCGCCGAGGCGCUCUACCGCCGCCGCUUCUCCGCCACAGAGUUCUUCCCCCGCGACAUCGACGCCAUCCUCAGCAACAGGCUCUGCCUCGGCACGUUCCUCGCACGUGCCGGGGCGUCGUCGUGGGGCGUGGUGAGCGUGUGGAACUGCAAGGAGGUGUUCACGCUGGAGGUGCGGGGCGCGUCGCGCGUGAGGAGGGCGCUGGCGGGGGCGACGCGGGCGGUGGACAGGGCGAUGCCGUGGCUGAGGCUGCCGUCGGUGCCGGAGGUGUUCAGGCCGUUCGGGCUGCAUUUCCUGUUCGGGCUGGGAGGGGAAGGCCCGGAGGCGGUGAGGUGCGUGAGGGCGCUGUGCGGGAUGGCGCAUAACAUGGCGAGGGAGUGCGGGUGCGGAGUGGUGGCGACGGAGGUGGCGAGCGAGGAGCCGCUCAGGUUAGGGAUCCCGCACUGGGAGAGUCUAUCGUGCGCCCAGGAUUUAUGGUGCAUUAAAAGUCUAGAUCAUGAUCACAAUCUGCCUGACUGGACUAAGUCACCUCCUGGGAUGUCUAUUUUUGUCGAUCCCAGGGACUUCUAAUUCAACCAUCUAUAAAUGGAAGUUUUGUUCUUAAUAUUUAGACAAUUUUCAUUUGGAUCGUAAAAUUAUUGA